UGUGAAGCGAGUCGGAGGCAAUUGACACUCAAUUGGUCGUUACAUAAAUCCAAAUCACCCUACCCCCAGAACUUUCGAAAACUGGCCAGAAUCGCAGGCGCUGUAUGACACAACCUAUACUGCUUCGAGUCUCGAAUUUAAAAGCCUACGUGUGGGAUGUUGACGAUAUCAACAUCCUACGAUCACAUCAUCAUAUAUGUGGCAUCCUCACUGGAACUCUUCCACACCUGUCCUCACAGAACAUAUUCUUGGGAUUACCUCUUCAGCUGAUGCCGGAGGAGGCUGUUCUCCUCGUAGAAAAUGGAGUCGCCGUAUUAGUGGACGAUCCCAGUGCCCAUCGCACUCCGUCUCCAUCAGCCCUGAAACUAUGGAAAGACGCGCGCCUCCAUGACGCAAGGCAACAAAUAGCUCUAACGGAAGAGAAAGGAUUCAUCGAAGCCUCUAACCCUGACCGCGCCAUGUCUGAAAGUGCCAAGAGCAAGCGCAAAGAACGGGAAGAGCGUCGCACACGUGCGAUGGCCAAUGCAUCUCCCAGAGUUUCUACAGAAAAUAGCCAGCCUCCUCAUCCCACAUCUGAAAAUCCCUCACAGGCUGCCAUUGGAGAACCCUUAGACAGCACUAUAGUAAUGCCAUCUGGAUCCUACACCGUCAACAUUCCUGCCUCCUCAUCCAAGUUGGAGUGGUACGCACCACACUCCAACAUGUCCUUGGCUAUCGCACGUGAAGCUGGCAUAUGGCUAUAUCCCUCGACCCUACAAGAGCGCGCACGCUGCGGCGUAUUUCGAGACUUAUGGGAAAAAGGAUACUACAUGGGAGGGGGAAUUAAAUUUGGUGGCGAGUACCUUGUCUACCCUGGUGUGUAUUCUCCUUUCUAUUUGAAAUAUCUUUCCUCCGCCACCCACGCCUGUCCUCGAGGGCGUUAUUUUCGCUAAUCAGCUGUAUAUCUGAAAGAUGUGCUCACCCUGCGCGAUUUGUCUUAUCAGGUGACCCACUCCGUUAUCAUUC